AUGGCCAAAAUCAUGGGAAAGAACCCACAGUAAGUGUACCCGAUAAACCAGGAAAGCAGUAAGGUUAUACUCUUAUAUUAAUUAUUAAUUUUCUAUCCUUUUUUCUUUUCCAGAUUAGUUGACGGUUACAGAAAGUUACACAUAUUCGCUGAGGUCAUAAAAUACUUUGGUAUGCGAUCGUGGAUGUUCGGCGAGGCGAACAUUGUUGAGUAAGAUGUCCGAGGUUGACCGGUCUCUAUUCCAAUUCGAUAUGACCGGAUUUAAAUGGCUCGAUUAUUGCCACUAUCACUCGAUAGGCGUUUGUUUGUACAUUAUUAAUGAACCGAUAGAAACCCUUUCGAAAGGAAUUAAACGCUUAAAAAAGUUAGUAAAAUCACUCGUAGCAAUAUUACGAUAUAAUAAUGUACCCACUAUACAGGUGUCCCACGAAAAUAUGAUCCGGUAUCUUGGAAAGUACUUUUACCACUUUAUUCGGAAUUUUUAAAAAAAAAAAUUAGAAAAGUAGGAUAUCGCAAUGAUCAAAAUAAUUUUGUGUGACACUCUGUGUAAAUCUCUUUUGGUUUUUUUUUUUUGUUUCAGAUUGACCAUGGCCUAUUACACAUUACUAGCAUUUUUAGUCUCAGUGGUCUUGAUAAUAAUUUACAUUUUAUUCUUGUUAGUUUUAAAUUGAAAUUUCCCUUUUUUCGUAAACCACGAUCCAUCAUUUAUAUAUUUAUUUAUUAAUUUAUUUUCGUAUGACCAUAAUAAUGCAAUACAAUAUAACAUAAAUGCAUAUAUACAAAAACGUAAAUAUAGAUUAAAAUUUAUAAGGUUAGAUAAAUUGUUUAAAAUAAAUUCAGAUUAUAGGCAAACAUGUGUCACCGAUUUGUCUUAAAUGUUAAAUGUUCACGUCCAGUUUGUCUAGCUAUUGUCCAUUAUUCAAUACCAUAGUAUAAACAAUGUACUCUUCGAUUAUAUAUUUCUUUGAUACGAUUUCUUAAAUCAAGAAGAAGUUGAAAUAGUUUAAAAACGAUCUUUUUUUAAUAUUUAUAAAAGAGUAUCGUGUGUAUAUUAUAUUAUAUAUCAUAAAAGAUCCCGAAGCAAUUCAAAUGAUCCAUUUUUUUUCUCGCAUAGAUACCGCUUACUUCGUAGUACCCAUCAUAGGUUUCAACGCACAUGGUCUAAGCACGCAGCGGUUCAUACAUUUUUCAGAAGAACGUGCCUUUUAGAUAAAGUUCAUUCGCAGUGCUCUGCUAUAUAAACAUAAACCACGAGUUUCUUUAAGCUACACGAUUGCGUACAACGUUAGGUACCUGAUUUUCGGGUACACGAUUGCAUACGAAAUUUUAAGCGUUGUUGUCAAUUUUUUUACUGGUAUAUACCACACGAGUGAACUAAACAAUUGCAUAAAUAUUAAAUUAUUUUUCGUUUUUUCCAUAAACGUUUAAUGUUAACGAUAUCAACGCAACAUCAAAUACAUCUUAAUAUGCUGGAAAUUUCGCUAUUCCCAAUAUAUAGUUUUCGAUCUCUUCACUUCGCGGAUCAACCUACCUUGAAUCACAUAGUUGUGUGCCAUUUUGAAAACGACCAAGUUAUUUUAAUUACCAUCAAAAUCUAAACCUAGGUUCGUUUCAUAUACAAGAUCAUCCCGACUACUCGGAAACGUGGUAUAAACUAUGAGGUGUUAAAAUUAAUAAUAAAUUAAUUAAAUAAUUAAUAAAUCCAUCCACUUCACCUUCUUUCUUCAUAAGGGCAAUACAUAAAAAAAAAAUAAAUACAUUUUGAUAGAUAGGUAUUAUUGUAAAGUCACGUCCACACUAGUAAAAAUGUUCGUUAUGCGUCGCAUUUAGCGCAAAUUUGUUCGUGCGGCACAAAAUGUGUGCGUGUGUGGACGUAUUCACCACUACAUAACAACGCACAGAAAUAUUUUCGGCGCAUUCUACACACAUGAUUCGUCGGUCAUGGGUUUUUCGCGCCAUAACAGAAAUUUUCGUCACAACAUUAUUCUAGCGCGGACAUAUUUUUUCAUGGUGUGUUUUUCUGUUCACAAAAAUAAUCAUAAAUAGUAAUUAUACAAUACAUUGUUAUUUAAAUUAAACUUUUGAUUAAAAUUUAAAACUGUUUAAAUCAUUAGAUUAUACAUAGCGCUCAAACUAUUACACAAACUCUGUUUUUCGUAUUCUUGAAUAAGAAAAAUAACGUAUUCUUUGUUCAAAUUAAUUUUUAUUAAUAUUUUUAUUUUUUUUAUUUCCAACGAAAAAAUAAUGUGCAAUUAUAUUACUUAAUAAAAUAUUAAAUAAUGCAUAUCUCCUUCAAGCUAUGCUUGUGGCGGAGAUACAGAGUUACAAAAUAAUUGCACAAUAAUAAAAAGACGGACAUACUUUACAUGCGGGUGCAGCCACUGUUAAAGGCGGGAAGUUGGGAAGGUACGAUACCAGGGGCGGCUCGUCAGGGGAGACUUUGAGACUGCGUCUCCACUUGAAAAAAAAAAACAGCUACUUGUAAAUAAUAAUUAAUUAAAAAUAAUAACAUAUAGAGAUAUUUUUGUUUAAAUUGAAAAUAUAUUAUACCGUUUUCAUUGUUUAUUAUUAUAAAUUAUAAAUGAAAUAAAACCUAUUAAUAGUUAUUUCGAUGAAAAUACCAUUUUAGUCAUUUCUACGACGGUGGCCGGUUCAGCGAAACUGAAGCCCGACAGUUUCCAUCGUAA